AUGAAUAAUUCAUCACCGGCUCAUUCAUCGCUAUCGACGACGGCGGUUGUAGGUGGUGGUGGCGGAGGCGGCAGCAACGCGACGGUAUCCGUUGACGAUUUUGUUUUUCCAUGUGAUCCUAUCUCAUCGCACGAGCGUAAAGACGAAGCCAUGUUAGUUUUAAAAUCAGAUCUUAUGGCUGCACUGGACAAGGAAGUUAAAUCGUUGGUUGAAGAUAACUGGAAGUUUGAAGGGCCUCGUUCCCUUAUCCACCUUGUAUCACAUCGAAGUGGUCAUCUCUAUAGGCCCAAAGAAAUUUCAAAGAAUUGGAAUUUGACUCCCCCAAAAUAG